AUGUGGGUCCUGCUCUUGGCCUUGCCUUGCGCCGUGGGGGCAGACACGUUGCUGGCGCAAGGCGGUGGGUUUCGGAUCACCGAGACCAGCCAUGAUGUACCCAAGGCACCUCGAGACGAUGCGUCGAGGAACCGUGGCCCGUAUGACCGUGGCACUACCUACGGCCAGAACGAGCUCUUCCACCAGGUCACUAGGGCAGAUGGCGCAGAGGGUGUGAUGUGGCAGGAAUAUGGCAACAACUUGGUUGGAAAACCAAUCUUCUUGACUUGGUUCGAAGAUGACGGAACGCACACUACCCAGAGACUUGCGGAGGAUAAUCACAACCCUUGGCUGGCGGGGGCAACCUCUGACAAUGACGGACAGAUUUAUUAUUUGGAGAUACAGGACGUGACGCAAUGGAUCAGCAAUGAGCUCAUGGGUGGGUGGACUGUUGGGCCCACGGAGCCCUGCCAAGCUUGGAUAGUCCACUGGGACACGCAGCGCAAUAAGCAGCAAUUCCGGAGGGAGUUGCCCAGCCAGGCAAUGUCCUUGAAUGAUUUCACGGAGAACACUGCGGCGCUGCGUUACGAUCCCAUCAACAACAACAUCGGUGUCUAUUUCUCCCACCGCAUGUUCCGCACACCCGACGGUCUGAAUCACCAGCGUGGCUUAGGCUUUGUUUUCGAUGUUGACAGGAUGGAGAUUACCGGGGCUGGCCACUACCAGACUGGUAGCCAUUCCUUUCAAAAUUCCAUGAUCACAGAUCCGACGGGUGGCUUCAUCGGUCUGGAGCUUGAUGAUGGGUCCCCGCGCGGGUUGCAGGUGAUCAAGAUGGAUGCUCACAACAAGGACUUGGGCUUCACACCUUACAUGUUCAAGACGCGUCACGGUUCUGGACCCAAGAAUCCGGCGGGCAGCAGUUUUCCAGUGUAUCCUGAGAUAUCCGUGAACGGCAACACCUUCUAUAAGUGGAGUAAUGACAACCAGGUCUAUACUGUGUUAGCGCAUCCAGGAAUCGUUGAGGUGUCCGAUGGAUACCUCAUCUUCUUCGCUGGCGAGCGGCCGCCGCUGGACAACAGUGCAAUGGAGACCCACGAGCACACAGUGCAGUCCCCUCGCAACCUGGGCUGGCUGAAGAUCGGCAAGAAUAUUGCCGCCAAACAGGUGCUCUCCGGCGGUGCAACCGAGACCGAGACAGGGGGCUUCUACGGCUUUCGUGGUGAAUGGACAUCGCAGUCGCACCGCGGCAUCAACUGGCUCACAAACUACGAGCACAAAUGGCUCAUAAUGAACAAGCCGAAGAGUGUGCGGCUGGCCGAGAACCGCAUCCUCCUAAUGUGGGAGCAAUGGCUGGCAAGGCCCAUGACCGAGGCCGACUGCAGGGAGAUUGCUGCAGAUGUGGACUUUUGCAUAAGCGUCGUCACAGCUGACUGGUAUGACAAAUCCAGCGACUGGCGCGAGCAGAUCAUUCGGACGGAGUUGAUGAUCGUUGAUGACAGCGUUCGCAUCGUCAAGCCGUUGUGGGCCAUGGAGGGAGGGUUGAUCACGCCGCAAGGCGAUGCACCUCGCGUCAUAGAUGGAUGUGCCAUCAUCUAUGCAGGCAGGGGCAGGACCAUCAAGAGGUGGAAGGUGUGCGAGGUGGAUUGCCCCAAAGAGGCCGACAGUGAAUUUGUGUUGGUGUCUUCCGUGGAGCUUCCUACCGAUGACCCGUGCUUCCAGCCCUUUCCCCCGAAUCCGGACACCUGCUUCGACUCAGUGGAUGCAGGUGGUGGCAAAGGCUAUGGCCCUACCCGCUGCCAAGCUUCCUGUCGGCCUGCCUUGUGCCACGAAGUUCCCCAUUUCUGCAGCUCCACAGCCGAGUACUGCCCGCUGACAUGCGGCCGCUGCAGUGCUGAUGAGAACCGGGGAUACAAUGCGACUGAGCAGGCCUUGGUGGACUUCUUGAAGAGCUGCGAGGUUGGCUCAGUCACCCAUGGCGUCCACGAGUACCGCGUACCUGCGGAAGAGCGCCAGGUUACUCGCUUUCGGCAGACCUAUGACGGCGCAUGCCAUCCGGAACAUCCCAGUGGCGGGGCCGCAGCUGCCACGACGAGUAGUGGCGCCAGAUUGGAUGGUCAAGGUGACUUUCUCUCGAGCACGGAAUCAGUCAGCAACUUGACGACAACCACCACAACGUCUCGCAUUGCGGAUGUUGCCCUCCUGAGUGGAGCUUGGCGCUCUGCAAACAUGGCAGCCGUGUUGACCCUGGUGCUGGCCCAGCUUACCUAG